AUGCUGCCGUGUGCACGACCACCAUGCGACAACCUUGAACCAACUUUUAGAAUAAUCAAUGGCAGAAGAUGUCCAGGAUGCCCACGUUGUGCUGUUGUCUGUCCAAUACCGGAGUGUGCGCGACCACCAUGCGAUAACCCUGAAUCAACUUUUACAAUAAUCAAUGGCAGAAAAUGUCCAGGAUGUCCCGUUUGUCGUAUUGACUGUCCAAUACCGGAGUGUGCGCCACCACCAUGCGAGAACCCUCAACCAACUUUUAUAAUAGUCAAUGGUAAACAAUGUCCAGGGUGUCCUCGUUGUGGUCCACCAAUACUCGAACAGAUCUGA